AUGCCAGAAAAGAAACGCAUAGGUAGCACUGUGAAUGACCCUUUACUGAAGAUUAAAUGUUAUCGGACAAGUGAAACGAUUGACAGUACUGGUCCUUCCAUUACGCUCAAGUUCUCCACUGACGACAGAUACGUCAGGGAAGGAUUCCAGCUAGAGUAUUACUCAUUCACAGAGCUUGAACCCAACGCUUGCAACGGAACUGUGACCGCCUCCAGCCGUGAGAAGUACCUGACAACACCAGGAUACCCGGGAGUCUACUCCAACAAUAUAGACUGUGCGUGGACAAUACGAGGAGUGUAUGGGACACGAAUAACAGUAAAAGUGGUGGAUGCAGACAUUGAGAGUUCACCAGGCUGCAAAAACGACUACGUACAGGUCAUUGAUGUUGCAGACGGUUCUAAAGAACUCGGCCGCUUCUGUGGCACGGACAAGAACACCUAUGUCAGUUCAGGGCUGGAUGUCGAGAUCGCUAUCCACAGUGAUGGUAACACAAGAGGGCGUGGCUUUAAAAUCAUGUACACUGUAGGAGAUCAACGUACAGCAGCUGCGCCAACUACACCACGUUCCGAUGGGGCUACAAUUCAUUUGGCCAGUGGGCUACUGAUUGUGGUAUUUGCACUUAUUCUGAUGUCGCGCAAGACGUUGACUUUGGACAGUGGUUGUUAUUGCUAUCUCGUGUGUGACUGGAUAAUCUCUGCCCAAAACAGUGAUCAAACCAUCUUCAUUGAGUUGGUCACGUUUUCCGUUACAAGCAAGUACUGUGGGAAUGACACAAUAUCCUUCUAUAACGGACAGGUUGCUACAGAGACCAUGUGUAAUUUGCUUCUGACGCCGGGAGAUGGCUAUGCUAGUUACAUCCUGUCCCCUGGCUACCCAGAUGACUACUACAAUAACUUGAAUUGUGCCUGGACCUUAAGAACAGCUUCCAUGCGUCAUAUUGCCCUGGACAUCAUAUACAACACCUUUGAUGAAAGCACUGACUGUGCGAGCGAUUUUGUCCAAGUCUAUGACAUAAAUAAUGCCAAUGAACCGUUAGGACCACUGUGUGGGGUCCACAAAGGCACAUUAAUCACGCGGGGAUCCAUUAUGAGAGUUGUCUUCAAAACCAAUGGCGUUGGCUCCGGGUCUGGGUUUCGACUGAAGUACAGGAUGGUAGACUAUGACGAUUCCCACUUUAACGCACAGGCUCCAACAGCAACUGCACUUACAGCAACAUCGACUCCACAGAACCUUACGUCUCCCGGCUACCCUGUCAAGUACUACAAGUAA